AUGUUCAUCGUCAGGAGAGUGAUCGAAAUCUGGCAGCGGUAUUCGAAGCCAAUGCAACUAGCGUUUUUGGACUUUGAAGCCGCGUUCGACUCUCCUCAUCGAGGCCGUCUUCUCAACGCGCUCCGCGCCGAUGGAGUAACAGGAAAGUUCGUUCGCUUGUUUGAUGACAUGAAUCAACGAACAACUGCUGCAGUUCGAACACCAGCCGGAUGUACAACACCGUUUGAAAUGGUAACUGGAGUAAGACAAGGGGCAGUGGCAGGACCUUUCCUGUUCAAUUUCGCCAUCGACGACAUUAUGCGAAGAACAGUCGACCACUGUCCUAGCAUUGUCUUAGCACCAUCAGGGCGCCCCUUGACUGACCUCGAGUACGCCGACGAUGUUGUUAUAUUCGCGGAAAGUAGUACGAAACUUCAACAUGUUGUCAACCUUGUGUCGAAGCUGGCUGCUGCCUAUGGACUACAUCUACGCCCUGAUAAAUGCAAGCAGAUGUGA